AUCGGAAACUUGUGUGUUCUUCUUCUAUUGGCGUUGGGUUGGGAAAGUUUGGUUGCUUCUUUUGUCUUCUUUUCCUUCCGCGGAUCUCAACGCUUUUGAAAUAGUCUAGGGCGCGGGAACCAAGUUUCCGAAUAUUCGUGCUUGCACCGAUAGGCCUCUGUUCUGGCCUGAUCAAGGAAGUGUCUCCAUAUCUCUUUGAAUGGACUCACUUGCACUUGACUGCUUCAUUCAUCCGAUCUAACGCUCAGCCCAUCAUCCAUCGGAGCUGUACAAUACCCCGGUCUACCCCUCCAUACCCCACAUCGACCCUGAGGCAAGACACAAGAUGAAGGUCGCGUGUCUACAGUUCGCUCCGGAAGUCGGCAAGGUUCAGGAGAACAUCGCAAGAGCAGACAGGAUAUUGCUCGAGACUCGACUGCCAUUCGACAUCGAUUGGCUGGUACUUCCAGAACUCGCUUUCACAGGCUACAACUUCUUCUCCCUCGAAGAAAUCAAACCAUUCCUAGAACACACAACAGCCGGAAUAAGCACACAAUGGGCCAUCCAAGCAGCCCGCCACUACAACUGUCACGUCACAAUCGGCUACCCUGAGAUCACGACAGCUACCUCAACACAACCCUCCACACAAUACAACUCCACUGUCACCAUCUCCCCAUCCGGUGCCAUCCUCGCAAACUACCGCAAAUCCUUCCUCUACUACACCGACGAAACUUGGGCAACUGAAGGCCCCGGCUCACACGAGCACAAGCUGUCUAAUCCAGCUUCACCAGACGCCCCGUUCUUCUGCGGCCCGCUGGGCGACCUGGGAAACGUGACGCUGGGGAUCUGCAUGGACAUCAACCCGUACAAAUUCACCGCUGCCUGGGACGCGUACGAAUUCGCAUCCACCGCGCUGUCCAACAGAUCUCACUUGCUCUGUGUCUCGAUGGCCUGGCUGUGCCACCUCACACCCGAAGAACUCAUGCGUGAUUCGAGUCAGCCUGAUGUAGCCACGAUUGCGUACUGGGUCGAGCGGUUCCAGCCGAUUGUCGAGGCACGGCUGGACGAGCCGGUGUUUGUUGUGUUGGCGAACCGGAGCGGGAUGGAGAAGGGGGUGUGCUAUGCGGGGAGUAGCACGGUGAUCAAGAUCGACAAGGGGGUUGUGAGUUUGUUUGAGACGGCGGGGAAGAGCGAUGAGAGGUGUCUGGUGGUGGAUUUGAGUGAUCAGCCCAAGUUCCAGGUGAGGAGUGGGAAGUAGAGAAGACCGGGAAGUUGAGUUUGUUUGAGACGUUGUGCUUACAUUAAGAGCAGUUCGAAUGGUAUCCGGUUUCUGCGUUUCGGAUGCAAUGAGUAGGGCAAGGGACGAGAGUGAUGUGACUGCGCGAGUGUAUGCUGUGCCUGAAGGAUGAGUUAUUUUGCGAGCGGGAACGAAGUACCUGAGGUGGGCGGGCACCGCUGAGAGGGAGUAGUGCACCGUUUACGGCGCUCUGAGCCGAGACCAUUGCUGCUGUUGCGAAGGAG